AUUUGUUAGAUGAAUUAACGAAAUGCUAAUAGAUGCUAACAGUCAACUAACAGAACUAAUUAGUGAUGUCAACGGGGCCCCGUGAGGCCGGGGAGGCCAUCCUUGUCUCCGUCCCCGUUCCCGUCCUUGUUUGGCGCAGCCGUGGCGGGGCAGUGGUGCAGCCGUGGCAGAGCAGUGGCACAGCAGCAACAGCAGCAGUGGCGCAGCAGCAACAGCAGCAGUGGCGCAGACGGAUUUGGUUCGGCAGCAGCAGUCCAGACUCCAGUUCCAGGCAAAAGGGUGAGAUGUGAAAUAGAGAAGGAUAGAGGGGCGAUAAUGAAGGGAUUGAGGGAUUUAGGGUUUGAGAUUUGUAGGGAGGGCCAAAAGGGAAGGUGGAAGAUGACUUAAGUGAGUGUGUGUGUGUGAGAGUCGAAGGGUGAGAGGUAGGGGCAGUCAUUGCAGAAAUGGAGAAACAAAUAAGGUUGCCUAGGGUUA